AUGCACAUUUUUAAUAAUACAAUUAAAACAAUGUGUUCAUUCACAACUGAUUAUUAUUUCUCUCCAGAUAAUCUACAGUCGGGUUUGGAAAAUUCAUAUUUAUUACUUCCUUCAAAGAUUCUUUAUAAACUCAGCAAUGAUUUCCUUAUAGAAGUCUAUCUGUUAGAUUAUUUUCUUCAGUCAGUGAUUCCAAUUAUAAUGUUCUUGUUAAAACAGAAAGUUCGUCGCCAAAAUCCUUCGAUUACAUUAUGCCCAGAAAAAAAGAAUUGGAAGAAUACAACAAAUGAAUGUUUCAUGGCGUCAAAUCAAAUGAUGAAUUACCACUUAAUGAUAUUGUGUCUUUUAAUGGAUAUUUUACAAUUCCUUAUUUUUAUGAUCACUCACCAAUAUCAAAUCAAAAUCCUUCAUUAUUUUGGAUUUCUUUGCUUCGUAACAUUCAAGCCUAAGUCCAUGUUGACAAAUCAUAUCAUAGGUACAUUUCAAAACUCUGGUAGGAAUUAUAGACCAGUUAUAUCAGAAUAUUGCACGUUUAUUCUUAGCAGUGCGCGAAUAAAGGAUAAAUUAAGGCUGGAAUCAGUACAAAGAGGAUUUACACUUCAUAUUCUUGGAGCUGAUUGUACCUUAACUUAUAAUUCUAAAUGUAAUAAACUUGGGCUAGACCCUCUAUGGAAAAGGGGACUCAAACUAAAUUUUAUCUUUUUCUUCAAACUACUUAAUGAACUGUCCUUUACAUCCAAUCACGUGAUUCAAUAUGCAGAAACUUCUCAUUAUGACAUCCGUAAUUCCUUGGCACUUGUGAAACAAACUUAUUCUUAA